AUGCCGCUGUCUUCCCUUCUCCUCGUUCUCGCCGCAGCCGCCUCAGCACGUGUCAUGGACCGGCUCGCCGCAGUCCCCCCGGGGUGGCAGCAGUCCCGGGCAGCAUCGCCAGACGAUCCCAUCUUUCUCCGCAUCGCCCUCAAGCAGCAGCCGGAGCGUGUCAAGGCCCUGGACCAGGCCGUGUUGGACAUGUCGACUCCCGGACAUCCAAACUACGGCCUGCACAUGACGCGUGACGAGCUCAGAUCCUACACUGCUCCGUCCGAUGAUUCCGUUUCGACCGUCACUUCCUGGCUCCAAGAUCACGCUAUCCAGCCAACGGUGGACAACGAUUGGGUCUCGUUCACCACCACGGUGCGAACCGCUAAUGAGCUGCUCGACACCCAGUUUGCCUGGUACCAGCACUCCCAGGGCAGCCACCCUGCGCUUCGGACCCUCUCGUACAGCGUGCCCGACCAUGUCGCCCCUCACCUCGAUCUUGUACAGCCCACCACCCGCUUCGGCAACCUCGGUGCUCGCAAGUCAGCCGUCUUUGACACGCACCCCAUCGAGCUUGACGGAACUAUCAUCCCCGAACCAAACGUGAAGUUCUCGACCAAGGAGACCGACCCGUGUGCCUCCCAAAUCACCCCGGCGUGCCUCAGGGUGCUGUACAACAUCCAUUACAAGCCGGCUGCCCCUGACGACAAUAAGGUGGCGUUCGCUUCGUUUCUCGAGGAGUAUGCCCGGUACGAUGAUUUGGAAGUAUUCCUGAAGCGCCUCAUGCCGGAGGCAGUGGACGCGAACUUUACGGUUGAGCUUGUGAAUGGGGGUCUGAACGACCAGGAGAGCGAGGAUGACAGCAGCGAGGCCAAUCUCGAUUUGCAGUACAUCCUCGCCCUGAGCCAUCCGAUUCCCGUGGUGGAAUACAGCGUUGGCGGACGCGGUCCCCUCGUUCCUACGGCCAAACAGCCCAACCCGCCGGGCGACAACGAGCCGUACUUGGAAUUCCUCCUGUACAUGGCUGGGCUACCGGACUCGACCCUCCCGCAGACCAUUUCCACCUCGUACGGCGAAGAAGAGCAGUCGGUACCCCGCGACUACGCCAUCAAGGUCUGCGACAUGUUCAAGGAGCUCGGUGCCCGCGGCGUUUCGGUCAUAUUCGCCUCGGGUGAUUCCGGCCCCGGCGACUAUUGCAUUAGCAACACGGACAACACCACCUUCUUUGAGCCGACCUUCCCCGCGGCCUGUCCGUGGGUGACUUCGGUUGGCGGCACGACGGACCCGUCCGAGGAGCACGCCACGACGUUCUCGAGUGGCGGCUUCAGCAUGUACCAUGAGCAGCCCGUCUGGCAGAAGGACGCGGUCAACCGCUACCUCGACUCGAUCGGCGACGUUUACUCGCCCUUCUUCAACCGAACAGGAAGGGGUUUCCCCGAUGUGGCUGCCCAGUCGAACAGGUUUCUGGUGCAUAACGGGCCGUACUUCACCCUGAUUGGUGGGACGAGCGCUGCGUCCCCUGUGGUGGCUGGCAUGGUUGCGCUGUUGAACGCGGCGCGCAAGGCGCAGGGCCAGCCGCCGAUGGGGUUUUUGAAUCCCUGGCUGUACAAUAACUCGGCCGCGUUCAAGGAUAUUACUCUCGGAGCCGGGAGGGGGUGUUAUGGCAGGGAGGAGUUUGGCGGGGGGUAUGCGCGGUGGAAUGCCACGGCCGGAUGGGAUCCUGUGACGGGGCUGGGCACGCCGCUGUUUGAUAAAUUGCUGGAGGCGGCUGCGCCGGGGACACCGAAUGCGUAG